AUGAGAAAAAGAUUUUUAAAUCCAAUUAAUGCAGGAGUGAUUCAAAAAUUGUAUGAAAAUGAAUUUAGAGACUUACAAUGUCAUUAUAAUCGAAAUGUAAGAACGCCAUAUUUUUGCUGUAACGAUAAGAAAGAAGAAUUUAAGAUUGAUUAUAAUUCUAUCCGUCAUCAUCCAAAUCGUCAAUUAUUUGAAGAUGGUAAUUGUGCAAAUGGAAAUUUCGUUCUUCGUAGACUUGAUGAAAAUUUUUAUCAAGCUGAUAUUCGUGAAAUUUCUUGGAGAGCUUUAUUUAAAUUUGAAGGCAGACUUAUUUUAUCUGGCACUUUAAUUAAUAAUCGUUAUGUCCUCACUAGUGCUCGUCAUGCUAAACGUUUCGAAAAUGCACUUCAAAAAGUUGUGGUAGUAUUGGGAGAUUAUGAUCUUAGCAAAAGUCCUGAUUGUCAAACAAUGGAAAAUGGAAAAAAUGUUUGCAAAAUGAUUGAAAUUGUAGGAGUUGAAGGAAUCUAUUUUUCAUCAGAAUUUUAG